UCACCAUCAUUUCACCGCGUGGAAUUGAUGUGAGAGGGACGCGCUAUAUACCAAGCUUAUUCCCCCUCGACUUCAUAACAACGGCUAUCAUAGUGGCUUUGCGCAACUACUAAGCCGCACACUCACACUUGUCUCCUUCUCUUCUUCUUCUCCUUUGCUCGUCUCUAUCAUGGCGCACAUGAGUCCAGCCGUUCACCUUGUAUGGGCAACAGUCGUAAUCAUGCUCGAAUCCUUCUUAGUAUAUCAUCUUUGGUCCUUUGACCAGUUUAAAUGCCUGAAGUGGAACCAUGGACCGUAUUCUGGCGCAUUCAAACGGGUCAUGACGUAUUCUUAUUUAACCAGCAUUCCGUUAAUCGCAAUCUACGUCGUGGGCUUCGCCAUUAUCAAGUACAGCUAUGGUUUUACUGUUAUUCCUGGGAUAGGCAUCACGCCCACUCCGUACGAGCUUUGGAGUGACAGUGCGCGAAGCGCAAUCCUUCCUCUGUACCUGUGUUUUUCAGUAGCUUGGGCUCUAGAGAUGGUAACACACUUGGAAGAGCUAUGCUUUUGGCUUUUCCUCAUCCAUUCUGGCUCUGCGAAACAGGAUUGGUUCCGCAGCCUGUAUUUCAAGACAUGGGCGAUCGGUUCUGUGGUCGCAGUCAUUUUGAUGCCCCUUGUGACGAUUUUCACGCGGGGAGACCCCUACAAGUGCGAGGCUUAUACAUUCUUGGUUGGGAGUCUCGGAAGCUUGUCUCUGACAAUAUGGUUUCUUCCGAUUUUGUGGACAUUCCCCACAUUCCUCGAGGGCCUGAAACAAGCCGAUGUUGAUACGAAUACGAUAGUUAGGCUCACAAAGUUUCACGAGCUCAACUGCAUCCGGAUCUUCUUCCGCUUUCUCUUCACAGUGCCGUUUGUGAUCUUGGGCAUCGAUGGUAUCAGACCGCAUCAGCACAUCAAUGAUAAGAUGUUUCCCACUGACCUAUUAGGAAUGAUUGCGGCUGUAGGUUGUGUCGUAUCCUCUGGGAUCACUCUUAUCAUAUUCUUCCCGCGCUCAAUCAAGGGGGAAAUGGCCAAUAGGGAGGCAGCUCGCGAGCGUCGCCGACUCCCUGAUUCAAACACGUCUGGAGAUGAUCUUAUGAAUGAGCAGCGCGAAGGUCAACAUGUGUCCGCAUAUACAUUACCCCGCUAUGAGGCCACAGAUCCGAGUCGCUCGAUACAAAAAUUGGUGAUCGAAGAAAUGGAAGACGAUGAAAACCCAAAAUACGGGCUGUACGAGGUAUCACCUUCACUGAGCCUGCAGCCAAAUCGCAGAACGAAGGAUGGGGACGUGGAGCUGGGGACUGUCUUCCCUCACACGGACGCUGCUCUAUCGAGACAUAAUACAGCUAUACGGAAGUCGAAUGUAAAUCAUAUUGUGCAUAACUGGCGAUCACCACUCGAAAUUGGAGAACCACCGCGUUGGUACCAGUGAUACCGCAUGAUUAGGCACCUUGGCAAAAUGGAGUAUUGGGCCCGGGAUCGACAUUUUCUACUCACGGUAAUUGCGCACUACUUUGCUAGCUCUAAUUUCAAGUGCCUAAAUUUUCAACUAUGUGAUGCGUCGCCUGUAGGCUG